AUGGUGCGGAUGCACCCGGUGGGAGGAGCCCCACGAGGUCAGGGAAACGCGAGGGCAGAAGCUCUACUGUUGGCGCAGCAGGCCACGAAUACUGGGCACUGUGGUUCAUCAGGUCGACGCAGGGAGGGCAGCUCCACCGGUGGCUGUAGCCAAGGCCAGGACGCCACUCAAGAGCAGAGGACACGGUGCCCCUGGAGCAAUGGGACAGAGGACGAUGAGUACGGGGUGGCGGUGCAACAUGGCAGGACAGAGGAUAUACGGGAAAUCGCUCUACCUUCUGCUCAGUCUUGUUGUGAACUUGAAAUUACUCGUCAAAAUAAGACCAGUAGGAUUCAGCCCAGGCCCAUCGCCUCCGAUAGCGGCCAGAAUACCAAGGUCGACCCACCUCAUACCCCCCAAUCUCUCCUCAAGGCCCGCAGCAACACACCCCCCGCCCGCCCCUCCAGCACGGGUUUCGGAAACCGCAGGGGUGUUUCCUCCCGAGGACCUCGUCAGAGCCCGGCUAGUGAAAGUGGCCAACCCCCAGCCCACCCCGCCCCCAAAGCGCCGGGAGGGAACCCCGCGUAUCCUUCCUCCCCCGGACAGCUCGGCCGCUCGGGCUGCGGUUCCCCCCGGGCUCACAUGGGCUCUGCGGCCCGGGCCCCACCUCACCCGCUUCCCGGAUCCCACGGCGGCACCUCCCACCCACAUCGCGGGGCGGCCCGGUACGCCCGCACCGCCGGGAUAGGCGGCCACGUCGGGGACCCGGGGCCUCCAGGCCGGCCGCAUCCUUCCCCCGGGCCAGGGUUGCCCUCGGGGCGCAGCCCUGCCGCACGCUGA